AUGGCCAAGAAUCCAGCUUGGGUCAAGGCCCUUAAGCCCUCCGGGCCGCAAGGGUCGGCGCUGCUACAAGCCGAGCGCGACGGAUCAGCCCUGAAUGUCGACCAGCUUGCAGAGCACCUCUUCACAAACCAGGUCCUCGAGCGGAACGCGGCAAUCCUGAAGAUCUUACAGAAUGACCCCGUCUUUGAUAAGUCACAGAACUAUUUUCGCGGCAGAGAGAGCCGGAUUGAGGCCGCUCUGGCAAGAGGCAAGAGGCUACGGCAGCUCUCGGUCGAGCACAAAUGGUCCGAAGACGAAUACAUGGUCGCCAAUGACCUGAUCGCCGAGCCAACUCCAUAUGGUCUGCACGCGAGCAUGUUUUUGAAGACUCUUCGAGAGCAGGGCACGCCCGAGCAAAAGAAGCGCUUCCUAGAGAAGGCGGAGAACUACGAGUUCAUUGGCUGCUACGCUCAAACGGAACUGGGCCAUGGCUCCAAUGUCAGAGGCCUGGAGACCACAGCUACUUGGAAUCCCCAGGACAAGACCUUUACACUGCACUCCCCGACACUCACAGCAGCGAAGUGGUGGAUUGGUUCUCUCGGAAUCGCCGCAAAUCAUGCGGUCGUGAUGGCACAGCUGAUCAUCGGGGGUAAGCCGUACGGGCCACAUCCGUUCGUGGUUCAGAUCCGAGAUCUCAAGACCCACGAGCCGCUUGAGAACGUGCAUGUGGGCGAUAUUGGUCCCAAGUUCGGCUACAACACGAUGGACAAUGGCUUUUUGCUCUUCAAUCAUCUUAAAGUGCCCCACUCUCACAUGCUAGCCAAGUUCUCCCGGAUCAUUCCUGAGACUAAUGAAUACGUUCGACCUUCGAAUCCCAACCUCGUCUAUGGCACACUCACAUGGGUCCGCUCCAACAUCGUGCUCAAUGCCGGCAACACGCUGGCUCGUGGUGUCACCAUCGCCACUCGCUACUGUGCUGUCCGACGACAGUUCCAGGAUCGAGAUGCUCCUAAGGGAACGAAGGGUGAAACGCAAGUCCUCAACUACACCAUGGUCCAGCAGCGUCUACUACCUCUCCUUGCCACAACAUUCGCGCUUCACUUCACAGGCCGUGGCAUGAUUGAGCUGUAUGAAGCAAACCAGGCCGCCAUGAACAACAAGAAGUCUCCCUCUGAAGCUUCACGAAAUGCAGGGCCCGAAGAACUUCAACCUGGAGCAGAUCUGCUGGCCGACCUGCACUCGACUUCAUGCGCUCUCAAGGCAUAUGCAUCAACGCUUGCUGGUGAAGGUCUCGAGGUGUGCAGACGUGCCUGCGGUGGCCACGGCUACAGCUCAUUCUCCGGUAUUGGUACCUGGUACGCGGACUACCUGCCGACCUUGACAUGGGAAGGCGACAACUACAUGCUCACGCAGCAAGUCGCGCGGUACUUGCUCAAAUCAGCACGUGCAGUCCUCAAGUCCGGAAACCUACAGCCCUCUCAGUCUGACAACGACACAGCUCGUAUCCUAAAGGACUUCAAGCGUCGACAAGAUAUGGGCGCAGCCUUCGAUGUGCUCGGCUCCGACUCUGACAUCGUUGCCGCCUUUGCCUGGCGCGUCGCCUUCCUUACUUUCGAAGCUCUGCGCCACCGUGACGAAGAGCAUCAGAGCUGGAACUCAUUGCUCGUUGACUUCUGGCGGCUGAGCACCGCCCAGGCCCAAUACCUGGUAGUGAAGAAUUUCCAUGACGCACUGACGACACUAGGCACCACUAAGUCACUGGAUGCAGAAACGAGAGAUGUGCUGCAGAAGCUGUUCCGACUAUUCGCGCUGCACACGCUCGAGAGCGAGGCAAGUGAAUUCUUCACCAGUGGCGCGUGCACAGUGAGGCAGAUUCAGCUAGCUAGGACUCGAACCGUCAAGACUCUCCUGGAGGAGAUUCGGCCGCAUGCCGUGAGGCUGGUGGAUGCAUGGAAGUUCCCCGACUGGCAGCUGGAUUCGAGCUUGGGCAGGUACGACGGCAAGGUGUACGAGGACCUAUUCUACCGCGCCAGCGAGCUGAACCCGCUGAACAAGGUCGUGUUUGACCCGUAUCCCGACAGCAAGUCCCUCUUCAAGAAAGAUGGCAGGGAGCAGGUCAAGAGCAAGCUAUGA